AUGGUUCAACCAGGCUCGAUCAACCCCUCCUCUCGCUACCUCCCACCCAUCCCGUCCUGUUUUUUUUCAAUUACCCUCCGAAAACCAACCGCAACCCCGCGCACGAAGAAAAAUCGCUCCACCCACACGCUCCUCACGUCGCUCCAAGAAAGGCAUCGCCUCGCCUCGCCUCGCCGACCGAUAGGGUUCCUGCACAACUGCCUCACCAGAUCCUGCUCACCGGAUGCGAGACGCCGACCUCGCCGCCAAAACUCUGGCCCCUCUACGCUGCAGAGCUCCUUCCCCGCCUCUCACUCGCCCGACGCCGGGCACCGACAUGACCCGCCUCUGCACCACAGCUCCUUCCCCGCCUCUCACUCGCCCGACGUCGGGCACCGACAUGACCCGCCUCUGCGCCACCUCGCCCCGCCCUCACGGCCGGAUGCGUCUGCCAAGGCCACCCAGUCCCAGCCCGCUCAUUUGACGCUGGUGAUUGAUUUAAUCGGAUUUUGCAAGCAAUCUGAAGCCAGCAUGUCAUGUUUCUUGCCUGAGUGGUGGCAAAUAGAGCCGAACAGUACUUGUCGUGUUCAGUUUAAAUGAUUUAAGAAAGAUUUGAUUUUCCCCCACACAAAAAAGGAAGACUUGAUUUGAUGCUUCUAACUGAAUAUAUAUGUAGUCAAACAAUGGAUAUUGUAUAGAUUUGAUUUCCCCCCCACAAAAAGGAAGACUUGAUUUGAUGCCUCUAACUGAAUAUAUAUGUAGUCAAACAAUGGAUAUUGUAUAAAUCCAUCAUAUUCAGAGGUAACAUUGUGUGUCAUUUUUUUUUGCAACCAUGAUAGGAAGUACUAUGUGUAUUGAUGGAGCUAGCACUACAUAGUAGAUAGUACCAUCAACAUGUGUCUAGCUGAAGAGCCCUUGCCCCUCAUUCCAUGUAUGUAUGCUUUUCUCCUGAAGUUUUCAU